UUUUACUAAAUAACGACGAUAGUGGUGCUUUUUUGAGAAAAUCCUGAGAAAAGUCGAAUUCUCAGUCAGAAUGUCGUGUGGGGCAGAAUGUCUGUCCCUUGGUCCGCCGCCAGACUCCAUCGUGCACAUGCCACCGCCACCUUUACCAGCAUUUCUGGCCAACAUUGCUAACUUGACCCCGCCAUGCCGAGCCUCCAAGUGCCCUCCAUUUCAAAACCAUGAAGACAACGCAUUGUUUCCCGGAGUUGAAUACCACGAAUUGCCCCGACACGAACCAGCUGGGACCGACGACACGUGGUUCCUGGUUCUCAUCACCUGUUGUAUUGCGGUCCUCUGCAUUGCGGCAUUGUUGGCGUUGUUUUUGCUCAAAUGCCGAGAAGCUCGUGGUGGAAGCAAAUCUGGCACUGGUAAGGCAGGCGGCUCCAAUGCCCUGUACGGAAGUGCAGCGCUGGACUCGCGCGUGCUGUGGGCCGCGCUCACCCCGCGCGGCACGCGACACUUCGUCGCGGACACCUAUCCACACGACGAGACGGAGGACCACCACUACGAGUGCGUCGAGCCACCCCUCUACAAGCUCGGCCCACCUGAAGAUUUAACCAUAACGCGACACUUCAAUGUUGAAUACGAGGACCCAGCACCGUUAAUCGAGAGCUACUCCGAUAGAACAGAGGAGUACUUCAGAAGCGGAAUGGAGACCCUCCGUCGUGGAAACCGACCUCUAGUCUCCUCUCCGACUAGAAUCGAGAGACCUAACCUUCCACCGUUGAAUCUGCAACCGAGAACUCUUAGACGUGCUCCUCAUUCCCGCCGAGUGAGUGAUGCGAACAAUCCGGAAAAAUCGGCCAUCUGAACCGAAAAUGGCGCGGUUUUUUCCGUCGCCGAUUCAGCAGAUAUCGAUUACGAAUGGUCGAUUACCGAUUCCAAUGUGGACCGACUCGUUUGAGGACCAUUUCUUAAACAAAAAUACAACCAUUACGAAAAGAUCUGUUUAAAUAUGAAGAUAUAAAGAAAAAGUUCAUAAUAUUUGUGAUGACUGUUAAUGUGUUUUUUUUAUUUAAGUUAUUUAUAUUUAUUUUAAGACAACAUAGAAAUAAAAUUUUCAUAUUAUAGGUACAUAGAAAAAUUGUUUAAAACGAAUUAAAUUUUCGUGAUUUAUAUAUGUAUUACAAAGAAUUAUUUUCUGUAAAUACAA